CCGAAUUAUGAAUUGUCAGAAAUAGCCCCACUGUGUCACUCAAAAGAGUGAGUGAGUGAGAAAGAGAUCAUACAGAAAAUUUAAAGCUUUUUCAAUUGUUCUCUUUCAACUUCCCAAUUUGCAAAAGUUGUCGAAUUCAACGAAGCCAUUGUAGUGCAAAGAGUGUGUAGGAAGAAGUAAUUUAUUGAUUUAGUUUAGAUAAGAUUGGUAUGGGUGAGGAAGAAACAGUUAAUACAGUUUCCAAGACUGAUAAAACUUUAGAUGACACGAGUGAGAAGAAGGAUGCAGAAUCUAAGGGAGGAAAAAUAUUGGAGAAUAACACAGUCAAAGACUUGAAGGAGGAUGGUAUAAAAGAAAUGGAAGUCAAUAAGAAAGCAAGUGAGGAGGAAGAACUAGUAGUAGAAGAGGAUAAGAAAGCUGAGGAUGGUGAUGUUAUAAAAGAUGAUAACAAAGUUGCCGAUGAGGGAGUAAACCAAGAGGAUAAGAAAGUUGAUGAAGGGGAAGAAAUAAACGAGGAUAAGAAAAUUGUUGAAGGGGAAGAAUUAAAAGAGGGUGAGAAAGUCGAUGAAGGGGAAGAAUUAAAAGAGGGUGAGAAAGUCGAUGAAGGGGAAGAAUUAAAAGAGGAUAAGAAAGUCAAUGAAGGGGAAGAAUUAAAAGUGGAUACGAAAGUCAAUGAAGGGGAAGAAUUAAAAGAGGAUAAGAAAGUCGAUGAAGGGGAAGAAUUCAAAGAGGAUAAGAAAGUUGAUGUUGGGGAAGAAAUAAAAGAGGAUAAGAAUGAUGUUAGUAUGAAAGAAUCAGAAGAAAAUAAGAAAGACGAUUCUGUGAAUGAAACAGAAGAAAAUAAGAAAGAUGAUUCUGUUAAUGAAACAGAAGAAAAUAAGAAAGAUGGUAACGGGUUUGAUCAUGAUAAAUUGGAUGAAGAAACUAAGAUUAAGGAAACUAUGGAUAUUAAAGAAGAUAGAGAAAGCGUUGAAGCUAAGAAACCAGAAUUAGAUGUCAUGGAUGAAGAGGGUAUCCUUGAAGGAAAAGAUGAGGGCAGUGAAAAGGAGAAAAAUCAAGAAGAGGAAGAGAAGGGUAAGGAUAAGGUUGAUCAUAAGUCAAAUGAAGAAGAUAAGGCAGAAUAUAUUAAAGUUGAGAAAGGACUGAAAAAAUGUGGGAGAGGAAAGAUUGAUGGGGAGAAGGUGAAAAAGAAAAUAAAGGAGCAAAAGGAGACAAAGGGUAUCACUGAAGUCAAAGAUGAGAACAGUGAAAAGGAGAAAAGUCAAGAGGAGGAGAAGGACGAUAAUAAGGAUAAGGUUGACGAUAAGUCAAAUGAAGAAGAUAUUAAAGUAAAGAAAGUAUUGAACAAGCGUGCGAGAGGAAAGGUCAGUGUGGAGAAGGUGAGAAAGAAAAUAAAGGAACAUAAGGAGACAAAGGGUAUCCCUGAAGACAAAUAUGAGAGCGGCCAAAAAGACAUAAGUCAAGAAGAGGUGGAAGAUGGUAAGGAUAAAGUUGACGAUAAGUCAAAUGAAGAAGAUGAUGAUGCUGGAGAUAUUAAAGGGGAGAAAGGAUUAAAAAAGCGUGGGAGAGAAAACAUCCAUGAGGAGCAGGUGAAAAAGAAAAUAAAGGAACUGAAGGAGACAGAGCCAAGGACUCCUACAGCCAAUCGACCCGUGCGUGAAAGGAAAUCAGUGGAGAGGUUGGUAGAAUCAUAUGAGAAAGAUGCAUCCAAAGAAUUUCACAUUGAAAAGGGUCGUGGCAUGCCUUUAAAAGAUAUCCCCAAUGUGGCAUUUAAAUUAUCUAGAAGGAAGGUUGAUGAUACUUUCAGAUUGCUCCAUACAAUCCUCUUUGGUAGGAGAGGAAAGGCAGCCGAGAUUAAGAACAAUAUAUCAAGGUUUUCUGGUUUUGUGUGGCAUGAAAAUGAGGAAAAGCAAAUGAUUAAAGUAAAAGAAAAAUUUGACAAGUGUAAUAAAGAGAAAUUGCUGGAAUUCUGCGAUGUGCUUGACUUACAAGUUGCAAAGGCAAAUACAAGGAAGGAAGAUAUUAUUGCAAAGCUAAUAGACUUUUUGGUUGCCCCUCAAGUGACAACAUCUGUACUACUUUCAGAACAACAAAAGUCCAUUAAAGGAAAAAAGCGCAAGCGCAUAGCAAAACGAGGUUCAUCAAGGCCUGGAACAGCAACGUCAAGACGUUCUGCUAAGAGUCGGAAGAAAAAUGACGAUUCUUCAGGAGCAGAGGAGAGAAAAAGUGAAACUGACACAGAAAAUGAGUCCGAGGAAGAAGAGAAAGAUGAAGAGAAUGAAGAGAAAAAUGAAAAUGAAAAAGGUGUUCCAGACAAAUCUGAGGAUGAAAUGCCUGAGAAAUCUGAAAGUGAGGAUAAAAGUGACUCUGAUAACGACUCUGAAGAUGUGAAGAAAGUGAGUAAAACAACUAAUAGAACAUCUUCCAGAAAGAAAGGAUCUGCUGCUAAAGGUAAAGCAAAGAAAACGACCGUUGAAACAAAAUCUCGCGCCACACCAAAGAGAACUUCUAAGAAAUCAUUGUCUGCGUACUCCGAGUCUGAUGACGAUAGUGACGGAAGUCCAAAGGUCUUUUCGAGGAAGAAGAAAAAUGUAAAACAAGGAAGGCAGAAAUGGUCAACUCUCACCAAGUCUUCCUCCAAAGACAAAACAGAAAAGGUUACUAAAAGAAAGGGCAAAAACAAAGAGAAGUUCAACCCCAGUGAUGACCAGUUACGCGUUGCAAUAUGUGAUAUUUUUAAAGAAGUCGACUUCAAUACGGCUACAUUUACUGACAUUCUGAAGCUACUUGGUAAGCAAUUCUCCGUGGAUCUAACGUCUAGAAAGGCAUCUAUAAAGAUUAUGAUUCAAGAAGAGAUGACAAAACUAGCUGAUGAAGAUGAAGAAGGAAGGGAUGAUGAGAAUGAUGAAGAUACAUAGAUAGGUUCAUUAUCAACCUAUACUUUUGACUAGUUAUGCAUUAUGUGUACAUUUUGUAGAGCAAAUGUUGCUGUAACUUAUUAUUGUUAGCAUCCAUAGAAUCUAUGAGACAACAAGCCAGUACAUUCAAUAUUUUGUGGAGGCUUUUGUUUUGAUAUAUUAUAUUCAUAUAUCAGUAUGCAGUUUCUUGAUUACACAUCAACAGUAUAUGUAGGGUUUAACUUUCCGUGAAUACAACUAACUUUCUAGUUUGAUAAACAUUUUAUGUUGUUGUUA